AUGCAAAACAUUGAUCAACAGUACGACGACAAUGACAAUGAGAUACUAGAAAAUUUAGAAAACCCAGAAUUCACGUGUGAAUUCUGUAACAAGUCAUUCAAAACAAGUGCAAUUUAUCAGUCCCACAUUCGAUUGCAUUCUGGAGAUCGGCCAUUCGUAUGUUGCAUUUGUAAGAAACGGUUUGCUAGAGCUGACUAUCUUAAAACUCACCUCAUUAGUCACUCUGGUGCGAGGCCUUACUCUUGUGUUCUAUGCGAUAAAGCUUUCACCCAUGUCAGCAGUUUGAACACACACAUGCGACUUCAUACCGGAGAACGACCAUACACUUGUAGCACUUGUCCCCGAUCGUUUACAAAGUCGUCUGACUUGCAGCGCCAUCUAGAUAUUCAUCGGGAGAAAUUAUUUGCCUGUUUCUUGUGUGAUAAGAAGUUUGCUAGGGUCAUCUCGUUGAAGAAACAUCUUAAAAAGUAA